UGUGGUCCUCACAAACUCUUAUUCUCUUUUUCACCAUUCUCUCAAAGCUUCACUUUCUUCAUCAACAUAUCAUUAUCAUUAUUCGGCACCAGAUCCUCUAUCCCAAAAUCCCUAUUCAUCUCCGAUGCACUCCCAAUUGCACAUCGAGCAUCAGCAUUCCCGUGUUUCAAGAUUUUCAUCGCAUCUUGUGGCUGGGAGUGCAUUAGGGAUAGGGGAACAGGGAUUUGGGGAGAGAGGAUCACUCGCCUAAUUAUCUUCUUAUUCUAGAACUACUAUUCUCUCCUCACUUUCCUUCUGCUUCUCUAAGAUGGAAACAGGCAAAGCUGGAGGAGAGAAGAGUGUGAAGGAUAAGAUGAAGGGAGAAGUGGUGGAAGAAGAAGAGGAAGAGGAGGAAGAUGAAGAUGAAGAUGAAGAUGAUGUUGGGUUAGGGUCUGGAGAGGAUGACAAGAAGAAGAAAGAAUACAACAAAAAAGGAUCUAGCAGAGGAGGAUCAACGCUGCCUUCUUGUCAGGUGGACAAUUGUACCACUGAUAUGACUUAUGCCAGGCCGUACCACCGCCGACACAAGGUCUGUGAAUUUCAUGCUAAGCUUGCAGUUGCUGUUGUUGCUGGACUCCGACAGCGGUUCUGUCAGCAAUGUAGCAGGUUCCAUGAGCUAUCAGAGUUUGAUGAAACCAAAAGGAGUUGUCGCAGGCGUUUGAUUGGACAUAAUGAGCGUCGCCGCAAAAGCUCACAUGACACUCAUGGAGAAGGAUCAAGCUGAAAACGGAAUAAGAAUCACAAAUAAAUUGUUGGCAGACUAAUGAAGUCUUCAGACAUAUAACUCUCUCAGGAAAGGCCUCUUACAGGCAUGUUCCGAUCAGAUCAAGAGUACCUUUGCAAUAUCGCAGCAUGCUCUCUCUCUUCCGUCAAUCCUUGGAUUUCUUUACCUAGAAUUGUUAAUCUUUAAUUAUGUAUGCUCUCUAUCUUCUGUCAAUCCUUGAAUACUUCAUCUACAGAUUGCUGGUCUUUAAUCAUAUGCAUUAAGUAUUGCUUGUGUUUGAAAACAAAAGGCCUAAUAGCUUUAAGACAAUUCAUUUCUGUUCUACUUUCUGUUAGAUUUACUGUUAUUAUCAGUAAGUACGGGAUUUAGGCCAAUGGUUAGGAUUCUCA